GCUUUAACUGCCCACCAUACACUGCUUCCUCAUCCAGAGUGCAGUGCAGCCAUGGUCUCUCUUCAAAACUUCAGCGGUUUAUGUAAAAUUCCAACUAGUUCUUUUCAUGGUGUUUCCCUUCCACGUCUUCCACCCUUGCUGCAUAUGAGAGGAAGAGUUGUUUCCCAGAGUUUAUAUAGAAAAGAAAAUUACAAUUUCCCAAGAAAACGAUUCGGCGACAUAAUGUCAAACAGAGUGAGGCUUACUAUCCCUAGAAGUAGUAGCAAUUCAUCAGACUCUAACAGCAGCAAAGAUGAAUCUUCUGGUCAAAACAAGACACCUUUUGGGUACUCAAGGAAGGAUGUUUUAUUGAUUGGACUUGGAAUUACUGCCAUUGGAUAUGGCUUAAAAAGUGGAUUAGAGUUUGUUGGAGUAGAUUCAUUGCAAGCUGGGAAUGUUGUUGAGUUGGUAAUAGUUUUGGGGCUUACACUUGGUUGGGUUUCAACAUAUAUCUUUAGAGUAUCAAACAAGGAAAUGACUUAUGCUCAACAAUUACGCGACUACGAAAACAAAGUCAUGGAGAUUGUUUCGAGUUCUACCUUGCAUCAUAAAAGUUUCCCCAACACUGAUUUUGGAAAAAUUCUGGUUUUGGCAGAAGCGGUUGGAGGGCUUGACAGAAGCAGAGCUGGAAGUAUUGCUCGAACAAGUUGAAGAAGAGAAGAGACGUCUAGCAAGUGGUGAGCAAGUUAAUUGAAAGGUCAUUUUGGGAGUUGAAAGACAAAGAAAGAAAGAAAGAAAGUAGCCAAAAGCAAAAGUCUCUUUUUUAUGUGUAUAUUUUUGCUUCAUUUAUAGUUUUUAUACUGGUCCAGGAACUAGAAUCCGACUUUUUAGUUGUAUUGGGCGCAAAAAAAUAAAAAAUGAGAAUAAAUUUGCAGAUGAAUCAAGCCACUACUCCAAGUUGAACCAUACUGGGCUGGUUUGUAAUAUUCAAUGGACUUUUUUCACUUGACCACUUUCA